CGUACGGAUGUAUCCAACAAGCCAGCGCGCCAAAUUGAUGUUGCCAACAAAAGGAGAGGCAGAAAACUGGGACUUAAUCGACUCCUGCGUGAUUAACAACAACACGCAGCCUGAGAAGCGUUGAAUAGUCGUGAGAGAAAACACUUGACGGGUCAAAACUCGCACUGACGGACUCUGUCAGGAUGGGUUUGCUCGAGCGGUGCGAGGAGCUCUUCAAGACCUCAAACCUGUACGAUUUGCUGGGCAUCAACAAAGAGGCAGCCGAGGCAGAUAUCCGGAGGAGCUACUACAAAGUGUCGCUCAAAGUGCACCCGGACCGGGCUCCUGAAGACCCGCAGGCCACAGAGAAGUUUCAGGUGUUGGGGAAGGUGUAUGCGGUGCUGAGCGAUAAGGAGCAGAGAGCCGUGUAUGACGAGCAGGGGGUGGUGGAUGAAGAGUCUGACGUCCUGAGUCAAGACCGCUGCUGGGAAGACUACUGGAGGCUGCUCUUCCCCAAGAUUACAGUGCAGGACAUCCUUGAAUUUGAGAAGAAAUAUAAGGGCUCUGAUGAGGAGCGGCAGGACGUGAUCCAUCUGUACGUGCAGCACGAGGGAAACAUGGAUGCCAUCGUCGCGUCAGUCAUGUGCUGCUCCCAGGAAGAUGAGCCCAGGCUGUGCAGCCUCAUCCAGGCGGCAAUCGACAGCGGAGACGUUGAAGCAUUCCCAGCGUUUACUAAGGAGAGUGUAAAGAAGAAGAGGGCUCGUAGGAAGAGGGCUGAUAGAGAGCGACAAGAAGCAGAAGAAAUGCAGAAAGAGAUGGGGCUUGGUGAUCAAGAUGACAGUCUUGUGAUGAUGCUUCAGCAAAGACAGAAGAGCAGGGAGCAGAAUUAUAACAGUUUCCUGUCUGACCUGGAAGCCAAAUACUCCAAAAAAAGUGGCAAAUCCAAAAGAGGGAAGAAGUGACAGCAUGCAGGCCAUGGUUGAAGAAGAAAAAGAUGUACACGUGUUGUAGCUGAUGUGCUCAUUUGUUUAAAAAAAUCCCACUGUUUUAGAUUAUAUAAGAGACUUAAAGUACAUUUUGAAGUUGCUGCCUCCAUUCUGUGUUCCUCCCCUUUCAUCUGGCCUCAGUAACUUUGUGUCACACUUCAUCAAAAUGUAAAUGCACCUUUUUAUUUGUCCAUAAACCCUAAUAAAUUCAUAUUUAUAUA